AUGUAUUUCUUUUCGCUGGUAGCCGCGGCUGGACUCGCGCAUGCCUACACUGUGGUCGUCGCUGAGCAGUUCAUGCUUAAGAACAUCGAUCCUAUUGUGCUUCCUGGCCAAUACAAGAGCCACAUGCACAGCUUCUUCGGAUCCGAUGCCGUCACCAUCAACACAAACACCUCGGCCGAGCUCCAGGCCGGUUGCUCGACCACCGAGAACCCCAACGACCUCUCCGUCUACUGGGUCCCAACCUUAUACCUGACCGAAGGCGGUAAACACACCCCCAUCACCCCCAUGCGCUUCAGCGCCUACUACAUCAACAUCGGCGACGCGGAGAUCCCCUUCCCCCAGAACUUCAAGGCCGUCGCCGGCAACGCCCAGGGCACGUCCCAGGCCGAUGUUAAAAGCGUCUACGGCAUCCAGUGGAUGUGCGAGGGCGUCUCCAACACCGACGGCGGCAAGGACGUCGCUGCCUUCCCGACCAAGACCUGCCCUACCCAUCUGCAGUCCAUCCUGCUGUUCCCGGACUGCGUCAACCCGGACACCCUCGACUACGCCUACUCGGGCACCCAGAACUGGAGCGGCAGCUUCAGGCCCGCGAACCGCUGCCCGGCCGGCAUGAAGCGCAUCCCACAGCUGCGCUUCUCCAUUCGCUAUGAUCUGCGCAAGCUUCUGCCGAAAGGGUGGUCGGGCACCCCGCCGCUGGAGUUGGCGUGUGGCUCGUCGUACUGCUGGCAUGGCGAUUUUAUUAACGGAUGGGUCCCUGAGGCGGCGAAGAAUAUGCUCAAGGCGACGGAUAAGCGCGAGUUUAUGCAGAUUGAUGGGCCGCUGGGUGGAGGCAAGGAUGGGUCCAAGUGUGGAGCGAAAAAUGCGCACGAUCAGGAUCCUAACCAUGGAACGAGCGAUUAUGAGGAGAGUGUCAAGAUGAUGUCGAGCAAGAGGAGUAUUGGCCAGCGUCGGUGA